AUGGCAUGGCAGGCCUGGCCACUCGGAUUCCGAGAAUCUGGUCUGCAAGUGGCGCCGAAAAUCCGUGUCAGUGCCGUGAAGAACUACCAAAACGUCCCGGCAAUGCAAAAGUACCACAGUGAGCUGAAGAAGGCGCUGGCGCCGAGGACGGGGCUGCAGCCGUCGGAGCAGCUGCUGACGUACAAGGGGCGGGAGCGGAAGAACUCGGAGUUCCUGGACAGGUUCGGCGUCAAGAACAAGUCCAAGCUGGUGGUCUCCGAGGAUCCGGCGAGCCUGGAGCGGCGCUACAUCGAGCGGCAGCGGAACGCCAGGAUCCAGAACGCCAACCGCGCCAUCGGCGCCAUCGCCCUCGAGCUCGACAAGCUCGCCGAUCAGGUGACGAGCAUCGAGAAGUCGGUGUCCGGCGGGAGCAAGGUGGCGGAGGUGCAGAUCACGACGCUGAUCGAGCUGCUGAUGCGGCACGCGGUGAAGCUGGAGAGCAUACCUGCCGACGCCGACACCUCCUCGCAGAAGAACCUCCAGGCGAAGCGGGUGCAGAAGUGCGUGGAGGCGCUGGACGUCCUCAAGGUGUCCAACGCGCGGCUGCAGACGGUGGUGGUGACCACCAAGUGGGAGACGUUCGACAACAGCCCCCCGGUCACCACCAAGUGGGAGAUCUUCGACUGA